AGGGCUGUUCUUGCCCCGCACACAUAGCGCCGGCCUCUCAGCUGAAGGGCAGGUUGCGGCCCACUGUGUGUCGCUGUUCUGGGGGACCCCGGUUUGUGGGCGCACGUCACGUGUCCUGCGUCGUGCACGAGUCUCAUGAACGUAGAGGCGAGCUUGGUAUUUAUGUCGUGCAUGAAGAAGGACAGCGUAAGGAUCUCUUGAUUUUUGCAGUGUUUCACGCCAAAAUUGACAUGUUUGCCUGCUGCAGAGCUACAAAAAGGCUUUGUUGGGGCAAGCUUCUUUAUAUUCAUCUUGUCCAAACCAGGUCAUUGUCUGGGGCUGAUGCUGGUCAUGCUCUACGACCAUUCUAUUUUGCUGUGCACCCUGAUUUCUUUGGACAGUUCCCUAGAGAGAGAGAGGUUAAUGAAAACUCCCUAAAGAAGUUAAACGGAUAUCUGGAAAAUCUCCAAAAACCUGGCCUUCGGUCACACAAACCUGCUAAACUUACAUUUUAUGUUCGAGAAACAGUACAGAACUCUGAGAAUGACCAAGAAUCAACAAGGGACCCAGGUUUUCGAACAGUUAGCUUUACUUUAGAAUCCAGGGACCUUCUGAGUACAGUCCUGGGCAUUCUGAAUUCCUGCAGCAUGUCCACUGACCAUGUGCGAAGCGCAACAGAUAGUGUGGGAUCUACAAAAACAGCCACAUCAUCAUUCUACAGACCCAUAAAAUGGGACAAGACUUUUUACUCAUUCACUGGAUACAAGGACCCUGAGGAGGAGCUGGAGCAAGCACAGAAAGCGGAAAUAACCAUUAUUUCCUGGAUACAAAGUAACCAUAAGGUGGCACAGAAGAAGCUGAACAAUAGUAUUCCUCUAAGAGAAGAAUUGGAACGCUUGAAAAAAGAGCUAUCUGAUGAGCUGCAACUUUCGAAUGUCCGAUGGCAGAGAAGCUGGGGUAUCGCUCAUCGCUGUAGCCAACUGCACAGUUUAGGUCGUCUUAUCAAACAUGAUUGUGAGUCUUUGAAGAUGGCAAAAGGACACACAGUCAUCUUUACAGACCAGACUGGCAUGAGUGCAGCUGGACAUUUGAUGCUGGGAACAAUGGAUGUUCAUUAUCACUGGACCAAGCUUUUUGAAAUGUUACCCAGCUACUAUGUACUUCAGAGAAAGUUGCUGCAGCUACAGGAUCGAAUAAGCCAUCUUCUUGGUGGCAUAGAAAUAGUGCACAUUGAGGAACUGCAGCCAUUGUUGACCAUGGAAGAGCAUUACACUGUCCUUGAUUCAUUUUGUAAAAAGCUGCUUGAUAGAAGAGUGCCCAUUCACCCACGUAGUUUGCGUGGACUGCAAAUGAUUCUGGAAAAUGAUCGUUUUGUGCCACGUUUGCAUGAGAUGGGAUAUUUCAUCAUACCAGUUUUGUGUGAUCCCCCAUCUCUACAUUGGUUUCUCCUGACUCAUGCUCAAAAAGCAAGAGAAAAGCUAAAAAGGAAAGACGAGCUGAAAAUUAAGGAGCAAGAGUUAACCAAAGCAUGCAAAGACAGUGCAUCUCUAAGCAGACUGUAUAAGGAGCCCAGUGUAUCAUGUGAGCAGAUGAUCAACUGUUGUCACCGGUUAAUUGAGGAACCCUUGCCCAACCUGAUGGGAAUGCAUCUGUGUGUCUCUCACUACUAUUCUGUUCUUCAGGAUGGAGACUUAUGUAUUCCAUGGAACUGGAAGAGCUGAAAUGGUGCAUGAUGUGGUUGACAGCAAAAUGCCUAUUUAUAUGUUUUUAUGAAGCUAAUAUAAAGAUAUAUAUUAGCCUAGAACUACUGUAUUAAAACUAUUGGCUGUGACCAUUUUUCACCAUACGAAAGCCACCAUACAGACAUAAUUACAAGAUUUCCAGAAUACCUAUCAUUGCAAAGGACCUAAGAAAUGUUACCCUGGAUUCACAGUUUAGGAGGAUGUGUUUAAAUAUUAAAAAUAAACAUCUUUAUUUUCUUUAAAGUGUUCACUCAUUGUUUCAAGCAGGUUUU